CUGUCUCUUCUGGUUGCAGCUACGGACUCCUCGGUGCCUCGGGUUGCGGCAAGACCACCCUGCUGAGCUGCCUCGUCGGCCGGCGGCACCUCAACUCUGGAGAGAUCUGGGUGCUGGGCGGCAAGCCGGGCACCAAGGGCUCGGGUGUGCCCGGCAAGCGGGUCGGCUACAUGCCGCAGGAAAUCGCCUUACUCGGCGAGUUUUCCAUUCGUGAAACCAUGAUGUACUUCGGAUGGAUCUUCGGUAUGCCUAGCAGUGAAAUCCAGGACCGGUUAGAUUUCCUCCUCAACUUCCUCGAUCUCCCCUCACAAAACCGACUGGUGAAGAACCUCAGUGGUGGUCAGCAGAGGCGAGUGUCCUUCGCCGUCGCCCUCAUGCACGACCCGGAACUCCUCAUCCUGGACGAGCCCACCGUCGGCGUGGACCCCCUGCUCAGACAGAGCAUCUGGCACCAUCUGGUGCAGAUCACCAAGGACGGCAACAAGACCGUCAUCAUCACCACCCAUUACAUCGAGGAGGCGCGACAGGCGCACGCGAUCGGUCUGAUGCGAAGCGGCAAGCUGCUGGCUGAGGAGUCUCCCAGCGCGUUGCUCGCCACGUACAACUGCCCGUCGCUGGAAGAGGUCUUCCUCAAGCUCAGCCGCAAGCAGGGCAGCCAGCCCGGCACCGACGCCAACAUGACCAACAACAUCUCAGUGGCCUCCCUCAACUGGGGCAACAAGAAGGACGAGCCCGUGUUCGUGACCGAGGAGAGCGGCGUGGUCGGACUCAACUUCCACCAGUCCAAGGAGAUGCUGAUCAAUGAAUCCAACGGACACCUAGACCAACUGAACAAAAACAAGGCUGGCAAGUCGGAGCCCGUGGUGGACUGCGACGACUGCACGGACUGCUUCAAACUGACGACCAGGGGGAAGAUGCGCGCCCUGCUCCAGAAGAACUUCCUGCGGAUGUGGAGAAAUGUCGGUGUUAUGCUCUUCAUCUUCGCCCUGCCCGUCAUGCAAGUCAUCCUCUUCUGCCUCGCCAUCGGUCGCAACCCCACCGGACUGCACCUUGCCAUCGUGAACCACGAGAUGAACUACUCUACCAUGGAGUGCCCCGUGUACAGCAACUGCAGUUUAUCUUGGCUCAGUUGUCGGUACAUACAGCAGCUAGAUAAUGAAACUAUAGUAAAAGACUAUUUUGAGACAAAGGAAGAGGCGCUAGAUGCGGUACGGAACGGUGACGCAUGGGGAGCGCUCUACUUCACGGAGAACUUCACUGACGCUCUGGUGGCGCGAAUGGCGCUCGGUCAGAACUCGGACAACGAGACCCUGGACCAGAGCGAGAUCCGCGUCUGGCUGGACAUGUCAAAUCAACAGAUUGGCCUGAUGCUGAACAGAGAUCUGCAGUUCUCGUACCGCGACUUCGCCCAAGAUCUCUUAUCCCAGUGCAACAACAACCCCAAGCUGGCUGAUAUUCCCAUCCAG